AUGGAUAGAUCUUGGAUGUAUUCUGCACCAAGAUGUAGUGAACCUUUUAUAAAUGGGGUUCAAUUUUUCUUAAAUUUUGCAUUUGAGAGAUCAAAUGUUAACGGAAAGAUAUUAUGCCAUUGUGCACGUUGCCUGAAUAUGUAUUAUCGUGGAAGGGGAGAUAUUUUGGAUCACCUCAUAUGUUUCGGGUUUCGUUCAGAAUACUUGGUAUGGGUGUAUCAUGGGGAAGGCUCAACAACUACAUCAUCUGGUAUAGUACAUAAUGCAGAGGAAGAUCUAUUUGACCAUGACAUGUAUGAAAUGUUGAAUGAUGUAUUUCAACCCGAGAUCGACGUAACUAGAGUAGAGACACACGAGGCUACCUUGAAUAGUGGUCAAGAGGUGGAAAAUGAAGGAAGAAUAUUUGAUAAUAUAGUUAAGGAAGUUGAAGAGAAGUUAUAUCCGAGUUGCAAAUACAACAAGUUAUCUAGCAUAGUGCAUCUGUACCAUAUAAAGUGUCUUAAUGGAUGGAGCAACAAAUCAUUCUCUAUGUUGUUGGAGUUUUUAAAAGAUUUGUUACCUGAAGGAAAUUUGUUACCAAAGACCACCCCACAAGUGAAAAAAAUAAUGGCUAAACUGGGAUUAGGAUAUGAAAAAAUCCAUUCAUGUCCUAACGGUUGCAUGUUAUUUUGGGAAGAGAAGGAGAAAGAUGAAUGUUGUUCUAUUUGUGGAUCAUCGAGAUGGAAAGUGUCUCAAGAUAAUUCAGAAAAUGGAACGAUUCCACCUAAGAAGAAGGCAUCAAAAAUAUUACGGUGGUUUCCUUUGAAGCCUAGACUUCAGAGAUUGUUCAUGUCAUCGAAGACAGCUAGCCUAAUGAAGUGGCACCAUGUAGAACGUGUGGAAGAUGGAAAGAUUCGACAUCCGGCUGAUGCACUAGCCUGGAAAGAUUUUGAUAAAAAAUUUCCAGAAUUUGCUAGUGAUCCCCGCAAUGUUCGUUUAACUCUAGCAAGUGAUGGUUUUAACCCAUUCAGGACAAUGAACGUGUCGCAUAGUAUUUGGCCAGUUUUUCUUAUUCCCUACAACUUGCCACCAUGGUUGGUUAUGAAACAACCUAAUUUCAUUCUCUCCUUAAUUAUUCCCGGUCCAAGAGCUCCCGGAAACAAGAUAGAUAUGUAUAUGCAGCCUUUGAUAAAAGAAUUGAAGGAGUUGUGGGAUGUUGGAGUUGAGACAUUUGAUGCCUCAACUAAACAAAACUUUCAAUUAAAGGCAUCAGUUCUCUCUACUAUAUCCGACUUUCCCGGUUAUGCCAAUUUAUCUGGGUGGAGCACCAAAGGAGCACUUGCAUGUCCAUUAUGUGGUUUUGAUACUGAUUCUAAAUGGCUAACCCAUGGAAAAAAGUAUUGUUACAUGUAUCAUAGAAGAUGGCUUCCAACUAACCAUCAUUGGCGUAGAGACACUAAAUCCUUUGUUGGAAGAGAGGAAUUACGAGUUGCCCCAAAACCUUCUUCCGGAGAGGAGGUUCUCCAACAGUUAGAUGGUACAGAAUUUCUUGCUGAAAAAGUAGAUGGUGGUCCAUGGAAAAAGAAAAGUCAUGGAAAAAAGUCAAAAGAUAACUAUGAAACACGACUUGAUCUAAAACAAUUGGGUAUAAGAAAGGAAUUGCAUCCCAAAAAGCGACCUCGAAGUGAUACUACUUUCAUGCCAAGGGCAUGUUAUCAAAUGAAUCGGGAUGAGAAGGGAUUGUUCUUAAAAAUAUUAAAGCUAAUUAAGCCUCCUGAUGAAUUUUCAUCCAAUAUCUCUCGAUGUGUGCAAUUGAAUGAGAAGAAAUUAGUUGGGAUGAAAAGUUAUGAUCACCAUAUGUUGAUGCAAGAAUACUUGCCCAUUGCAUUACGAGGUACUUUGCCAGACCAUGUAAGCUCCACUAUAAUAGAGUUGAGCGAUUUUUUUAGGAUCAUUUGCUACAAAGACUUAACCGAAGUUGAUCUCCAAUAUCUCGAAUCAAAAGUUUCCGUCACUUUAUGCAAAUUGGAAAAGAUUUUUCCUCCUUCAUUCUUUACUAUAAUGGUGCAUUUGGUGAUCCACUUAGUUAGAGAUGUUAAGUUAGGAGGUCCAGUUGCUUUUCGAUGGAUGUACCCUAUAGAGAGGUACCUUCUAACACUUAAGUCCUACGUUCAUAAUAGAGCUCAUCCUGAAGGUUCAAUUGCUGAAGGCUAUUUAGCUCAAGAAUGUGUAACAUUUUGCUCUAGAUAUCUCUCAGGAGUAGAAACCAUAUUUACUACACCAAUUAGAAAUGAUGAUGAAGGUGAUCAAAAUGAGAUUGAAGAAUCUAACAAUCUUUUCCCAGGUCGCCCAUUGGGACGUAAAAAGAAUUCUAGGGUUGCACGCAUGGAAGAGCAAGGAGAUCAAAAAGUAACUGACGAAAUAAAAUGGCUUGCACGUGGUCCACUUAGAGUUGUGCAAAAAUACUCAGGAUACCUAGUUAAAGGUUAUCGAUUUCAUACAAGAAAACGAGAGGAACUUCUACGAACUCAAAACAGUGGUGUGGCUGUUAUGGUAGAAGGUGCAAAUUAUUCCAGUAGUCGAGAUAGAAGGCUAGUCGAAGGCGUGAAUAACUACUAUGGAAAAUUAACUGACAUUAUUGAAUUAAACUACUCUGGAAUGAUACGAGUUGUUUUAUUCAAAUGUGAGUGGGUUGACAUCAACAGAGGUUGCAAGAAAGAUGGCAAUGUAACAUUGGUCAACUUCUCAUAUAAGACACAUACCGGUGUUAACUUGAUUGAUGAUCCCUUUGUUUUGGCAUCACAGGCCGACAAGGUGUUCUACUCCAUGGAUCCUAAACAUAUAGGUUGGGAGAUUGUGCGACAUGUAAAGCUUAGAGAUGUAUUUGACAUGGGAGGUGCUUAUGAUGACAUAUUUGAUGUACCUAACUUGCAUAGGGUUGGCGAUGAUGGCAUAGAUGUUACACCUGAAAUGAUAAUAGCUAAUGAAAACAUAGAUGUCAUAGAUGAUGAAGAAAAUAACAGUGACUAG